AACAGCUCUCAGGGCAGCACUCUGACUACUCAGUGAGGCACUGUGUUGUUUUGCCUUUUCGUCCGCUAUUUUUUGCAGCAUUUACUCACCAGAUUAUGGGAACAACGAGCCUUUGACUCAGCCCAACGUUUCAGAGCGCUGUGCUUUUUUCCUGUUCCAUUUUGGUGCUCUAAUUUGAUCAGGGCAGCCUCUGACACCCAGGUGAUUCUUGACCGCUCCUCCCCUGUGGACUGACCCGAUAUCUGGAUGAUGAUGAUGUUGGGAUGUGUUUUGAUGAUUGAACUGUUGCUCUCAUCUUAGGCAUUGAAACCGUGUUUGUGUUUUAUUUUUUCUAAUCGGAGACUUUCAUGUUAACGUGAAUGGACCAUCUACAGCGACUUGAGUUGUGGACAUUGCUGUUGUUCGUCCGACUCGGAAGAUUAUCUGUUCCCCCACUCCACUCCAACAUCAUCUACGGGCGGGCUCCGGAGAGGAUUAAUCUACAAAAAUAACCCACAUCCUCCACAAAGUAUUCAGCAUUUCAUCGGAGGACAUCGGUACUUUUGCAAACCAUGGAGUAAGCAGGUUGUGAGCUCCUGCUCCCCCAUGCCAGUGCUGGCUGCUGAUGGAAGAGAAGGCGUCUAGCAAGGCCUCCAUGGUGUCCCGACUGCCCAAGUUUGGUGCCCGCCCCUCGGGGGGCACCGCCACCACCCCAUUGGUCAACGGCAGCCACCAGGCCCCGCCCUCGGCUGAUGACAAGACCAAUCAGAUCUCUCCAGAAGGCAAGAGCAACCCCCCAGGUAAACCUAACGGGCUGAUCCGCGCGGCCUCCUUCACCCUGAAGUGGCGUCGGGACCCCAACGGCUCCUCCACCCUGUCCUCCUCCAGCUCCGAGCAGAGCGUGGCGGCCAUGACGGCAGGGGACAAAGCCGACGACCUCAGCGGCGGGCCGCCACCCCAGAUCAACGCCGCCACGCAGCUCCGGCAGAACAGGAAGCCGGCCACGCCCGUCACCAAGUCUCGCCGCUUCGGGACCACCACGGCGGCGGUAGCCAUCAGCAGCCCCCGAGCCGUCCCCAGACACGACGCCAGGAGGAGCCAGAGCCCCAAGCCGGGGUCGAGGCACCACACGCCAUCCUCCUCCUACAAUGGACACCCCUCCAGCCCUCAGACCAACGGCCUUAAGCUCGCCCAGAACGGGACCGGCUCAAGCGCAGCUCCAGGUUCUAGUCCCGGUCGCCUGGGCUCCUCGCUGCGUACGGGCCGCAGCGGCUCCGCUCUGAUCCGGCCCCGCCCCCGCGCCAGCUCCGCCUCCCCGCGCAGCAGCAGCUCUCGCGACAGCCUAUCACACUCCAGCGACAGCCUGAAGAUGUCCGCCGUCUCCUCCUCCAUCUCCACCUCCUCUUCCACUAGCAGGGUAUCCGACAGCAUGGUGCGCUCCCAGAGCUACACCCACAUCAAGCAGCUUCCGGCCUGCGACGCCGCCCCCGCGCCCAUCCCCCGGUCCUACUCCUUCAACCGGGCCGUGGAGCUCGCCAAGCCCUUGGCCAACACGCAGCUGAGGCCGCCCGGACUCAGGCCUCCGCAGGGCGGCUUCCUGCCCAACGGACGCCUCUCAGGGCUUCAGCCUCCUGGGAGACUGGGGAUGGGGAUGGGGAUGGGGAGCAACAGCAGUAGCAGCAGCAGCCUACAUGAAAGGUCGUCCACAGGUGUUGGGGUUGGCCCCGCGCCCCCUAGUGGCCUGAGAAAGCCACUGCUGCCCAACAGCAUGCUAACGAAGCCCUCGCGGCUAGCGUACAGGCCGACCAGGCAGACGGAGAGCAAGGCGCACCCACACCUCCCUCUGGUGGCCGGGAGGACAGCGGGCGACGGGAAGGGAGAGGAGGAGGAGGAGGAGGAGAAGGGAGGAGACGAGGGAGGUGUUGACAGUGAGGUGUCAUCUCUGACCUCUCCUGACCUCUCUGCUGACAGCGACAAGGCCCCAGAUCCCAGUGACGAACCAGAGGCCCCAGAGGAUCAUGGGAGUGGGAAGGAGGCGCGGAGUCGGGGUUCUGGAGGAGAGGUGCUGGAGGACAUGUCUCUCUCCUCCGCCUCCUCACUCGAGCGCAACGACACCAGCGAGGAGUUCCUCGAUGACUUUGACAACGCGGUCGACCAAUCGCAGGGCAGUGUUGCCGACAACAGGAGGCAGCAGCAGAGGGUGGCCUCUAGCCAGGCACGACUUCGCAGCUUCCUCAACGAAGCCAUGUGGACAGGGAAGUGUGAUUUUGGGGUGCAGCAGGGCUCGGCGGGGCCCCUGGUCGGGGGGCCCCUGGAGGGGGUGUUGGAUGGGGAGGGGGAGGGGGAGUUCCUUCCCCCCGCGGGCGGCGUGAGCUCGUCUCUGGAGCUGUCCCCCUCCAACAGCUCGGGGGGCACAUACAUGUGGGACGAGGAGGGCCUGGGGCCCCUGGAUACACACGCAGAGAGCCUGUGUGGGGAUAUCUUCAGUAACCUUGACAACUUGGAGUCAUGUGACCUAGAGGACGAUGACCUGAUGCUGGACGGAGACCUGUCAGAGGACACGCCCCUCUGCCACGCUCUCAGCUCUCAGCUCAAUCCUUUUUGUGGGCCAUGUGGUCAUAGUGUGGGCCAUGUGGUCAUAGUGUGGGCCAUGACUGUGCCUGCAUAUGAUGGUGGGUGCCGUGUGGGCCCCAGGGUGCUGCAGCCGCCUGCAGUGCGGGGAGACCACCAGGGGGUGGCGCUAGACGACAUCACCCUAAAGCACAUGGCUCAGGACUGCACCUUCGUCAAGAACCAGCUGCUCAAACUGAAGAGCCUCCUGCAGAUGGAGGAUGGUGCCGCAAUACCAGAAAUUCCAGAAUCCAGUGAAGACAACAGCGCUCUUCAGUUGCAGGAGUUGACACGAGAGGUUGCUGAUCUGCGUGAGGAGCUGAGGCGUAAAGAUCGCACCAUCGCCCACCUGUCUCAGCAGCAACACCUACAGAGACAACAGCACGCAGCUGCAGUGAGGUGCCACUGCCAGCAGAGGGCGCCGGCGGUCAGAGGGGAGAGACGCACGCAUUACGACAAGUCAACACAGACACCCUGGAGAGGCCCUGCGCCUCCAGUACUACAAGCUUCCAGCAGCACCCUCAACAAGCUCCACACCAAGGGAAGCCUAGCAAGAGUGGCCCCCAUCGAGGGCCUCAGUGACCCAGACGGCCCCUCAGCUGCUACUGCCCUGUCCUCUGGUCUGGUUAGUACCACAAGCCCCGCCCUGCUAGCAGAUGGAGCCUCCAACAUUGUCACGACCACCACUGUUGCCACGGCUACCACUCCUGCUGCCACCGCCUCUGUGCCCUCCGCCCCGAGGUCGUCUAUGUCUCUGCCAGACCCUGAGGAGCUCAGCCUUCUGCUCAGCACGCACCUCAAGAUCCACGACACCCAUGCCCUCUCCCCUCCACCUCCACGCCCGCCACACACCGCCCCUGCUGCCAUCCCCUCCUCCUCCCGCAGAUCCUGUCCUCUGUCAGGUCACCUUCCCUGCCUGGAGCGGCCCGGGAGGCUGUCUGGAGCUGGAGCUGCAGCAGGGGCAGGAGGAGGAGCAGGGCUCGGCCAAGGGGCUUUGCAGGGCUCAGAGUCCAAGUCUCUGACCCAGCUGUCCGUCCUCAACCCGCGUGUCCUGCAGCCCCCACGCGUCCACAAGCGCGUCUCCAUCCCCCUGCUGUUGCCGGGGGAGACCGCAUCAGCAUCCGUCUCCUUGUCUGAGUCGCUCCCCAGCCUGCGCUCCUCCUCCUCCUCUGCUCCUCCUCUAAAGGCCUCCCUCUGCUCCUCCUCUCUGAACCUGCGGCAACUGAGGCAGCUCCCCCCUCCGUCCCGGGGCCUCCCCUGCUUCAACGCGGGGCCCCAGGCCUUGGGGCCCAGUCUGGGCAGCAUGGUGAUGGUGCAGGCCCAGUCCAAGCUCCCGGCACUGGGUCUAGUGAGGAGAGAGAGAAACCCUACCACUGCCACUGCAGCCGGGGUAGGGGAGGGGGAUGCUGGGCUACUGGUGCUGCCUGGUCCCAAAACUCCUAGAACAUUGGUUCCGGUCAACCUGAUGACCCGGUCUCCCAGGCUGAGCAAGUCAGCUUCUCUGGACUGAGAGGUUUUGAUGUCUGUAAAAAGUCCAAGCUCCCGGCACCAGGACUGGGACUCAGGGUGUCGAGGAGAGAGAGAGACCCUACCACUGCC